AUGUCAAUUAAACAACUUGUUUCUCUCUUUGGACCGCAGGUUGCCAAGGAUGAUGCUCUAAUUGACAAGUUGAAGUCAAUUCAAGAAAUUUUCUCUAUAGAUGAGGAAGAUUUGCAUCUUCACUGGGAGACGUAUAAUGUUACCAAAGCCAAAGAAGACUUGGACUUGACUGUAGAGAACUUAGAGAGACUUCAGGAAUAUAUUCAAACUCAAAUUGCCACGCGUGCUCCAUCUUCUGGCUUGAAUAAUGUGAAUCAACCCGAAUCAACGACAGGAUCAGGAGGACUUAAGAGGAAGCCGAUAAUGAGACAACCGAUGGUCUCAUCUAGUCCUAGUCAAUCUCACCAGAAUGGCGGUGCCCAGCACAACGUUCCUAGUACCCCUUCACUUAAAAGAAAAAAGGUGGACGAAACUCCAUAUAAAACUCCUAGAACUAAGUUCGAUAGCUCACCUGUAGCAGGAGAGUACGCUACUGCAAAUAAUACAUUCCAAUCGCCAACGCCAUCUUCAGUUACCGUGAAAGAUGAAGUCAAAUCCAAUACUGUACUUGAGUCACUCAAUCCUGCAAUUGAAGAGUCUUUAGGUUACAUUCAGCUCGAGGAGGAUGCAUCCACUGCCAUUAAGCCAUUCUCUUUGUCUGCAAACUUCGACCCUGCCAAAUAUAAGUUUAGAACUAUGGCGAUGAAGUUAUUAGAAAGUGCUGAUGUCUUAGAUGAUCAGAUAGAUUCUGUGUCUCAGCUUAUUCAAGAAAAGAACAAAUCUGUAGAAUUGGGGAAUCCCUGCUUGUCUACUCAGUUUUCAAUCCAUUGUUGCGGUAGAGUGGUUCCUGACUCACCUAUAUACGAUUCUAAUCAUAUCUUGAAUGCCACUGCAUUGUUUUUGGAAACCUCAAGAUUCGGAGGCAUUGGUCAAAGAGUGCCUCUUGACUUAUCAAAUAUAGAUGCAUAUUCGUUAUUCCCCGGCCAAAUUGUCUGCUUGAAAGGUACAAAUCCAACCGGUAGAAGCUUUAUUGUCGAGGAAAUCGUAGAUAUCCCAGAAUUGGGAGCUGCUGUGAGUUCCAAACAAGAAUUAAAUUCAUACUUGGAGUUGACAGAACCUUCUAAAGGGCUCAAAGUAAUGUAUGUCGCGGGCCCAUUUUCCAACAGUCAUAAGUUGGAUUAUAAGAAAUUCGACAAGUUGGUGGACAGGAUAAAUACUGAAGUUAAGCCUCAUGUUGUAGUUCUAUUCGGGCCAUUUGUUGACAUAACCAACGACUCAGUUUCCAGAGGUGAUAUAGAGCAGCCAGAUCAGGGAGCAAGUAGAUCAUUAGACGAAGUCUUCAAAAGGAUAUUUGUUCCAAUAGUCAAGAAAAUCAACUCAAGAAUCUCUGUGAUCCUUAUUCCUUCAUUGAAAGAUGUAUGUAUAAAACAUUGCUCAUUCCCCCAAGAUUCUUUCAACAGAAAGCAGUUUGGUUUGCCUAAGAACGUGAAAGUUUUCCCUAACCCAUCCUCAUUUUCAAUCAACGAGUUGACCAUGGGUGUCUCCAACUUGGAUAUAUUUAAAGAUUUGAGAGAUGUGUACAAGGGUGCUAGAGCGGGCGAAAACAGCUCUAUAUCUUCAAACAGAUUUGAAAGGAUCUCAAGCCACAUAUUAGAACAAAGAAGGUAUUAUCCAGUUGUGCCUGGCUCGAUCAAGAAGAAGUUUAAUAAAGAUAAAGAACUUGACACUUUAAGCAAUGGGUUCAUGUCUGAGGAGCUUGCUGAAACUGAAAUUGGUGGUUCAUCUCUCGAGAUGCCUUAUUUGGGAUUGACAGAGCUAGGAGAUUCACUUCCCGAUGUAUUGGUUGUACCCUCCGAGUUGAAGUAUUUUGCGAAGGUUGUAAAGGGUGUAGUAGUGGUGAACCCUGGCUACUUCAUACGACCUAACCUGAACCCUGAUAAGGAAGACGGCAGUUAUGUGAUUUUGAACGUGAAGCCUCCUAAUGUAGAUGAAGAAGAAAACAAUGUAACGAAGGUUCCACCCACUGAGGGUGUUUCGGGAGACCUAUACUUCCACAAUGCCUGUGAAAGGACCAGGGUAGACAUAUUGAAAAGCUAA